AUGACCGCAGAUGACUAUAUGAGCAUGUGCAUUACCUUGCCAAUAGAAGGGGCCAGUAAGACAGUUGCAUCACCCGAGCCAGAUUUGGAGUGUCCAAGUUUCCGAGAGAAGUCUUGCUGCAACACGAACUCAACUGCAGACUUCCUGGAGAACCACGUGUGGGAGUUAAUGUAUGAACAUCCGGAUUUCGAUCACCUUGAUCAGGCGCCAAUUUGUGCCAGCCAAUGUGAAGAAUGGUGGGAUGCCUGCAAAGAGGAAUACACUUGCCAUAGGAACUGGAUCACUGACAUGGACUGGGGCGGUGAGGAAAUUAACAGCUGCAAGGAGGGCUCGGUGUGUAAAAAGUACAAGGAGUUUUACAGCUCUGCUGCCGACUUUUGCAACACCAUAUGGCACAAUGCCUACAAGGUGGUCCCAGACUCCGAACCCUGCAUGGUGUUCACCUUCGACACCUCGAAACCAAACCCAAAUACAGCCGUGGCUCAAGCUGCUGCCGAGGAAAAGGCGACCAAAUAA